GGAGGUGUUUUCAACAGGUACCAGGAACUAUAUUCACUCAAUAUCAGCCAAAAUGGCCAUAUGGAAACAAUACAUAACGACUCAUUCAAUGGACUGGAAUCUUUAGAGCACCUAGAUCUGCAAUAUCUUACAAGCUUGAAGAACAGGUCCUCUUGAGAUUAAGAUCAUUACCGAUGAACUGUACCUUGGAUUAUUUAAAUCUCAAACAUGUCAAUGAAGUCACUGAUUUUGAAGUUCUAUCAUUGCCGAUGUUGAAGGUUUUAAAAAGGCUGAAAGUAAAAGUGCUGAUUCUGGAUGAGAAUCGUAUUGUUUCUAUUCGUCCUGGUUACUCAGAGUAUUUAUUUUCAGUAAAAUAUUUCUCCUUAAGAAGGAACUACAUUCAUCAUAAUACUAUCCUUUUUGGUCAUGUUAUGGAUUUCCUUCUAAUGUACAACAUGAAGGUCUUGGAUCUAGCAGAGAAUUCACAAAUACUUUCUAGAAAUAAACCGCCAUCAAACAGGACAUCUACACAUAUUUGUGUACCAUUACCACGAGACAUAGAAGAAAUCUAUGUCAAAAAUUUACAGUUCACAUUUGAUUACAUUCUGUAUGUCAAUGGUCUUUGCUUUGCACAGCCUAAUAAACUGCGUAUAUUUGACUUGACAGGAACAUCAUUCUGGGGAUAUGGAAAGCCAAUUAAAGGUUUGAAUUCUCUUAAAUAUCUCAACUUUCAAAAGGCAAAAGUCAAAUUUAUGGACCCUGAAACAUUCAACUGUAAAUAUUUCCCUGCAAUGGAAACUUUACUUCUUGGUGACCUUGACUUAUCUCCAACAUUUGGAAGCACUGACAAACAUUCACUUAUUUUUCAAAAUUGUUCCAAAAUGGUCAC